AUGGAAAAAUUAUUAUUGUGUUGUAAAAUAAACUAUCAUUGUUCAAUUUUUUUCAAAGAUUAUUACACAAAUUACAAUGAUAAUAGCGAUUCUUCAGACGAUGUUGGAUACAAUGGAAAUAGGGAAGGUCAUGAAUAUAAUAAUUCAAAAGCUACCAAAUAUGAUCAAGUCUACGAAGAACAAUCAUAUUCAACCGAUUUAGAUGAUGAUGAAAAUGAAGCUCAACAACUAUUCAAUGAAAAGGGUGAAUGUAAAGCUGUCAUGGCCAAAGGUAUACAAGAUCCAUGUUUCAAAGAAUUUAUUAGCGAAGAUGAAAAUAAAGAUACUUUUAUUGAAGUUAUUCUAAAAUUACUUUUUAAAAAUUUUUUAUCAUUUUCUAACUUGUUCUAUAAAUGUUUUGAACAUAUUUCGGUAAUGUUAAAAUUGUUAUUUUUGGUUUGA